AUGUGGUGUGUUCAAAUAUUGCGGCAUUUUCCCGAUGGCGAUUUUUUUUCCGGGCGUGGUUACAUAUUUCAACUGGGCGGGCACAUUCUCUCAUGCAUCCCGGGUACUGGUGUUACCCAGGUGUGGAAAGUCGCUCCUUCCUUCACGGGGGCGUGGGCAGGCAGAUGUGUGAUUGCACACCUGGAUGAUUGUUGGGGGCCUUUUCGGAGGUCUCUGGCAUCGUCUGACCGGACGUGGCACCGCUGA